UUUAGUUAGAAAAGAAAACAGAAAAGCAAGACAAUAGUUAUAGUGAGAUUUUCAAUUUCAAAAAAUACGAACGAACAGUCUAAUAUUAAAGAGAUUUGGUUAGUUUUAUUGAUGCAGUGAUUUCACUAUAUUUGUGUCUAUGAAAUCUUCCCUGAGUUAAAUGUGAAUUCAAAGUCAAUUACUUACUGUGUGGUUGAUCAAGAAAAUAUGCAAACUUCAGUUAGAUAAUGUAAACAUUUGCAAAAAGAGGUCAUCAUGAAGUAAGACUAUUAAACUCAUGUACCCUACCAAAACAAAUAAUUGACAAUGGAUAUUAAUGAAGUCAAAAUACCUCCACCCAAGCCUGAACACCUGGAAGCACUGAAGAAAUACUUUGGCCAUUCUGAAUUUCGACCUACCCAAUGGGAAAUUAUUCAUUCCAUACUCGAGGAAAGACGAGACUGCUGUGCUAUAAUGGCUACAGGUUAUGGCAAGUCCUUGUGCUACCAGUAUCCUGCAGUGUUUUCAGGUGGCAUUGCCCUUGUUAUAUCUCCGCUUAUAUCACUCAUGCAAGAUCAAGUGCUCAAUCUUGAGGUGGCUGGUAUCCCAGCUGUGAUGAUGGGUGCUGCGCAGACAGCCAAGGUCUCAGCCAUAGAGAAUCUGCUUGCUGGGGAGUACAGGGUGGUUUAUGUCACACCUGAAUGGUGUCUUAAUGAUCACGGAGCCUCCAUCCUCCAAAAGUUGCUGAAGGCCCAUAACUUGACUCUGGUUGCCAUAGACGAGGCUCACUGUGUUAGUCAGUGGGGUUUUGACUUCCGUCCCAAGUACAGAAAUUUGGGUAAGCUGAAGGAAAUUUUGCCUGAUAUUCCAUUUUUGGCAGUAACGGCCACUGCCACACCUCAGGUCCGCAUGGAUAUAGUCUCCUCUCUGCGGCUCAGAAAUCACAGGAUGGUGGUGACAAGUUUUGAUAGGCCCAAUCUUUACUUCUCUGUCAAACUGAAAGCCAAUGACAAAGACAUUGUGAGCGACUUGGAGAGACUCAUGGUGAGGGAUGGACUCAUCAAGAAGUUCCCUGGUCCGACCAUCAUUUACUGCCCUACAAAGAAAACCACUGAGAAAGUCGCUGAAGCGCUCAGUAAUGCUGGGAUCAAAUGUGCAGUUUACCAUGCUGACUUGGGACAGAAACUUAGAAGGGAGGUUCACCAGCAGUUUGUCAAAGAUAUAGUUCCUGUUAUUGUGGCUACAGUGGCUUUUGGAAUGGGCAUCGAUAAACCAGAUGUUCGGACCAUCAUACACUACGGAGCCCCCAAGGAGCUGGAGGCCUACUACCAGGAGGUAGGCCGAGCUGGCAGAGACGGAUUGCCUGCCACCUGCCACGUCUUCUACUCUCCCACUGACUACGCCACUAACAAGUACUUCUUAUCAUCUUUAUAUGGAGCAUUUCGAGAACACCGUGAAAAGAUGUUUCGUCUACUGCAACAGUAUUUGGAGACAGACCAAUGCCGUCGUCGCACACUGAUAGAGUUCUUUGACAAGAAACAAGCCAAUAACCUGCCUCAAAACAAGCGUUGUUGUGACAACUGCUCUUCGAAUAAGAUUUUAAAACCAAACAAACCAGAGCUGGACUUGAGAGAAGAUGCAGUCAAACUACUGGGGGUAAUCCGAGUGUUAGACGGUAGAUUCGGGUUUGGUAUCCCAAUCAAGUUUUUGAUGGGCAAAAAGCAAGACCGAAUACCAAACAGUUACACACGUCAUCCACUUUACGGCAGUGGGAAGGACGACAAAGAAGAAUGGUGGAAAGCAAUAGGUAGACUGCUUGUCAAAGAGGGCUUGCUACAAGAAUCUGCUGUUUUUUCUAACACUGGUAAUAAAGGUAAAUGGAGAUUCCCUAUUUCCACCAUUGGAAUCACUGACUUGGGUGAAAAAUAUUUGCGAGUAGAUGGCAAAGAUGAAUUAAUCAAGCUGCAUCCAACACCUGAGAUCGUGAACAUGGGUGGACGGAAGCUAAGAUUGGCGGCUGCCAAAGCUGCCAAGGAGCGUCUGUCGGUGGUUCGGCAGAGAUCUCCUGUAAGGUCCUCCCCAGCUGUUGGUGGAGACCUAACAUCAGUGUCUGAGCUUACACAGACCAAUAGUAGCCCAGACCUCACAGUGUCACAAGAUGAAAUCAAUCUACAGAAUAAAAUAUAUAAUGAGCUGUUGAGGCUGCGAACUAGUCUGGCAUCAGAGAUGGAUGUCAUGCCUUACAUGGUCGCCAACAACAAAACUCUACUGGAGUUGGCAACACAGCGACCCGAGGAUAAGGAACAGUUGGAGAAAAUUGAAGGCUUCACAAAAAUCAAGAUAGAAAAGUUUGGUGAUGCUUUUAUUGACAAAAUGAAAGAACUUCUAUCACUGCAUAAAGAAAACAAACUCAUUCCGCCAGAAGUAAAAGAUGAGACUGAAGUAACACACAACGGGGAAAAUGAGGAAGUUGAUUUACAUGAAAAUAAGCAAAAAGACAAAGAAGAUGAAAGUGCAAAACAAGAUGAUCUUUGGGGAGAUGAGUACGACGACGACUGCUUAGCAAACAUUGAUCUCGGUGAAGCAGGCCCAGCUCAUGUCAACCUAGAAGGUCAGGCCGUCUCUGUUUAUAACUCCAACUCCAAUCAAGACCUUUGGGGGGAGGAUGAGUGGGACGUGGGUGAACUGGAACAAAGCCUCAGUAAAAUUGAAUCUGAAAGAAAAAGUUCGCCUUGGUCAUCCCAGAAAGCCAAGUCAAACAAAAAGAAAACAAUAGUGUAUGAGAGUGAUAGUGACGAUAGUUCUAGUAGUGCAACAACCGGACUCAAGCGGAAAGUCAGUCCUCAGACAGCACAGGCUGAGAAAAGUAAAGUGCGGAAAAAAAGAUUAAAACAAUUACUAACCUGAAAUGUUCUUGUUAAGGGACACUGAUGUUACUUUUGUUGUUAAGGUCUGUAAAUACUAGUGAUGGUCGAGCUAGAACCGGCGCCUGAUUGGAUCCAAAAAAAUCUGGAUCUUGUGCUGGAUCCGGUUUUGAUGGAUCCAAUUGUUUUUACUAACACAAGCCUUCUGUAUCCAUGUACAAGACUAUCUGUGUCCGUCUACAAGAAGACUUUCUGUGUCUGUGUACAAGAAAACUAUCUGUGUCUAUGUACAAGAAGACUCCUCUAAAUCUAAAAUAAGGCAACUUUAAAUCAGCAGCAAGUUUUAUUACAUCCAAACUACUUAAUGGUUUUUCUGGAAGUCUUUCAAUUAUUUCCUAUGAAUACAUUUUUUUACUUUUACUACCAGAUCCAAGGUCUCAAAUAGAGCCGAUUACCACUUUUAUUUUUCAUCUUGCAGGCACAUUUAGGAUUUUUUUCUUUUUCCCAACAGGGUUUUUCUUUGUUAUUUGUUUUUAAUUUUUGAAGUCUGUCCUUUUCCCCCACCAAAUUUUGCUUUAGUUUUCAUUAUGAUAGUAACUGCCCAGGCGGCAGCUCUCACCAAUACUAGAGUCUGAAGCUUUUACCCUUUCCCAAGCUAAUAAGCUGUCAGCCACUGAUCUAAUUUUACUAUCCUUCGAUCUUGAGUAUUCUAUAUCGUGGUUUUUGCAUGCAGCAUCCAAUUUAUUUAUGCCUGGAUUACCCCUUGCUUAUCUCUUACUUAAAUUCGUUCCAGGUCCACAGUACUGAUAGCUGGGUAUGUGAAGUUCUACAGGUAAAAUACCCUGUGUCUAUGUAAGAAGAUUAGUUGUGUCCAUACAGGGUGAAUAAAAAGUAAAGACUCCCCCAUCUAAUAUUUUUCUAAGUUAGAACAUAUUUAGGACACAGAUAGUCUUCUUGUAGACAGACAUAGGGUAUUUUACCUGUAGAACUUCACACACCCGGCUAUCAGUACUGUGGACAUGGAACAAAUUUAAGGAAGACAUUAGCAAGAGGUGGUCCAGGCAUAAAUAAAUUGGAUCCUGCAUGCAAAAACCACGAUAUAGCAUACUCAAGAUCGAACUAUAGUAAAAUAUACACAGAUACCCUUUUGGUGGUCGUGCAAACUUAUCACAAAGUUUCAUUUUAUGAUUUUGAAAAUAUUUA